CUGUCAUUUUAACAUCUCUUAUAGUUAUUGCUUUGCCUAUGAAGAGUUGACUUCAAUUCCUUUGAUGGAGUUUGCUUCUUUUUCUUCAUCAUCAUCAUCUUUAUCCUUCUUAAAAUCAGAACCCCAAUUCAUAUACGAUGUGUUCAUCAACUUUGGGGGAGAAGAUAUCGGUAGAAAGUUCGUUUCUCAUCUCCAUUCUGCCCUUUUACUAGCUCAAGUCAAAACUUUUAUUAGCAAGGAGAAUCUGCAAGAGGGAAUUAAGCUGGAAGAACACAUGCGAGCAAUAGCAAGCUCUAAGAUUGCAAUAAUUGUUUUCUCCAAGACAUACACUGAAUCUACCUGCUCGCGUCUUGAGCUUGAAAAAAUCAUUGAAUGCCGCCAAACUUUUGGACAAAUAGUUCUGCCAGUAAUUUACGAUAUUGCACGAUUGGAUGAACAUCUUCAGAAGGUUGUAAGGGUGUUGGAAAAAGCUGCACCAGGAAGCUAUUCAGGAGAACAACUGGACCAUGCAAUGUCCAGGUGGAGCAGAGCACUAACCAAAGCUGCAGGUGUCACUGGUUGGGAUUUCAGAGAUUUCAGGCACGAUGCUGAAUUUGUGGAGGAAAUUGUUAGACGCAUUCAGACAUUGCUGGACUAUACAGACAUGUCUAUUACCCAAUUUCCUGUUGGAUUAGAGUCCCACGUGGAAAAGGUGAUUGCAUUGGUUGAAGAACAAUCCACUGAAGUCUGUAUGAUAGGGAUAUGGGGAAUGGGAGGAUCGGGUAAAACUACCUUAGCCAAAGCCAUUUAUAAUCGAAUUUAUCAUUCAUUCAUUGGUAAGAGUUUUAUUGAAAAUAUUGGACAAUUUUGGAAUCUGGUAAACAAAAGGCAUGUUCAUUUGCAAGAAAAUCUCCUAUAUGAUGUCUUAAAAUCCAAGUUUGAGGUGGAAAGCGAUAGGGUGGGAAGAACCAUGAUCGAGACUAAACUUUCACGAAAAAAGUUGCUUAUUGUGCUUGAUGGUGUGAAUGAGUUUGGCCAAUUAGAAAACUUAUGCGGGAAUCGAGAAUGGUUCGGUCAAGGAACUGUGAUAAUCCUCACAACUAGAGAUGUUACCGUGCUGAACCGACUAAAAGUUAAUCAUGUGUAUAAAAUUGAUGUUAUGAACGAAAAUGAUUCCAUUGAGCUUUUAAGUUGGCAUGCCUUUAGAGAAGCAAAACCAAGAAAAGAAUUGAAUGAACAUGCAAGAAGCAUAGUUGCUUAUUGUGGAGGACUACCACUUGCUCUUCAAUUCCUUGGUUCCUAUUUAUGUGAUAGGACAAAGGAAGAGUGGGAAAGUGUAUCAUCAAAACUAAAAGUAAAUCCCUUUAAUCAAAUACUUGAGAAAUUGGAAAUUAGUUUUGAUGGUUUACAUGACAUGGAAAAGGAUAUAUUUCUUGAUAUAUGUUGCUUCUUUAUUGGUAAAGAGAGAAGCUAUGUUACAAAAAUACUAAAUGGCUGUGGACUUUAUGCUGAUAUUGGAAUAACAGUUCUCAUAGAACGUGGCCUCAUAAAAGUUGAAAGGUACAACAAACUUCAAAUGCAUCCUUUGUUACGAGACAUGGGAAGAGAAAUUAUCCGUCGAAGAUGCCCAAAGGAACGAGGGAAAAGGAGUCGAUUAUGGUUUCAGGAUGAUAUAAAAGAUGUACUGAAAAAGAAUACUGUAAGAACAUUCUUUAUAUGUCUUUGAAAAUUUUUUUAAAGUGUUUUCCUUUUCAUUGUGAUGCAUGUGGUGUUCACUUGUUAGACUCAGCUUUAAGUAUCAAUGAUCAACACAUAUUUAGGGAUUUCUCAAU